AUGCAGCCACUAUGGAGCGCUAGUGCAGAAAAUGAUGCAACCGCUAAACGCGCUAGUGUAGUGGAGCAUUGUUCAGUUUUAUUCGACGAAGUGUGCUUAUCGAGUGGUUUGACUUAUGAUACAGUUACCGAUGAAAUCAAUGGGUUUGUGAAUACGGGGCAUAGUAAAACUCAACAAAUUGCUGAUCACGCAUUAGUCUUUAUGGUACGAGGAAUAAAAAAAAAAUUCAAACAGCCUAUUAUGUACACAUUUUGCGAGGGAGCCACAAAUCAACAAGAAAUUAUUUGCCAAUUGAAACAAGUAAUUGAGGCUGUUCAUUUGACGGGUCUUCGUGUUGUAGCCACUAUUAGUGACCAGGGAACUGCAAAUGUUGGUGUAAUAAAAAUUCUGAACAAUGAAACUCGACUUUAUCAUGUAAAAAACAACUCAGAAUAUGAUGAUGAAUUUUAUGAGGUUGAAUUACAUGAUAAACAAAGACUGAAGUUGGUUCAUAUAUAUGAUGUCCCUCACUUACUGAAAUGUAUCAGAAAUAAUCUUCUAACGAAAGACUUAGAAUAUACAGUUGAUAACAUCACAAAAUAUGCAAAGUGGUCACAUCUUGAAGAUCUAUACCACAUGGAUAGUGCCAUUCCAGAUUGCAAGAUUUUACCACGGCUAACUGAUCAGCAUAUAGUUAGAGACAAAAUUGGAAAAAUGAAAGUGAAAUAUGCUACACAAGUUUUUUCACAACGAGUUUCUUCUACUAUGAAUUUUCUUGCAUCUCGUAAUAUCAUUGGGCCAGAUGCUUCUGACACAGCGUUUAUAUGCUCUUUUUUUGAUAAGCUUUUUGAUUCACUUAAUGGAAGUUUUGAUAAAGUAACUGAUGGAAAAAUGUACCGUACUGCUGUCAAAAAAAAUUCUAUCCAUCAUACUGUUUGGGCAGAUAGUUUGAAAAUUCUGAGUACAAUGAGCUUUGUAUUGGGUAAUGGUAGAAAAAAGUCAGUUCCAACAAUCAAGAACUGGAUGACAACUAUAAGAUCUUUUCAAACCCUGUCCAUUGUAUUAGGUAUGAAUGGUAUACGUUCCUUACUCCCUCGACAUCUCAAUCAGGACCCGUUGGAAUGCUUCUUUGGUGCGAUCAGAAGUAUUGGUUCAAAAAAUCCAAAUUGUCAUGCAUUUGCUUCUGCAUACAAAACUUUAGUUUUGAACAAUUUGGUGUCUUCUCAUUCACCGGGAUACAAUUGCAAAGAAGACUUCACAGAAGGAAGCUUGUCCUCAUUCACAAACUUCUUUGAAAGUGCCAUUGCUCCAACGUCUGAACUUGAAAACCAAAUGGUCAUUAGUGCUGAUUUACCUCAAACUCUACAUCAUUUAUCAAUGUCUACUUCCUUCCUUAGUUCAGAAAAAGUAGCCGAACAUCAUUCAUUAAUAACUGCUCGAGAAUAUCAAUCAAAUCAUCCAAAUUUAAAAUACCCAUCAUCUACAUUAUGUUCAAUAGUUCAACAAAUCAUACAUUUUGUCGGAGAAAAAAUGUCAAAUGUCUGUCUUCAUCCUAAUAUACUUUCAACUCAAAUUAAUGCUUUAAAUCAACAACUCUUUUUCCCUUUUGAAUUAAAUUGUUCAGAACACAAAGAUAAUUUCCAGCAGAACAUAAUCAAAUUAACAUUAAAAAUGAUGAUACAACAUUAUUGCACCGAAGUCAAUAGAAUACUUGUAGGAAAAAGACAAUUGCGAGAAAAUGAGACUGAUCCUGUUAAAAAAUUGGCCCACACAUGGUAUUCAAAGCACUCUAAAACAAGAAAAACUCAAGGCAAAUUUAACUUAAUCUAA